AUGAAGACUUUGACAUCAGGAUCAAGUCCACAACCUGAUGAAAUUCAUUUACAAAUUAAGGGACAAGAGGAAGAAAAUCAAGAUGAUCCCUUAACCUUUUUACCUCAAAACUGCAUUAGAAGAUAUACAAAUAAGAAAAUUCCUGCUCCUGUUAUUCAUAAAAAUAAUGCUGACUGA